AUGUCUUUCUCUGGUGGUAGAGGAGUUUUAUGUGCUUGCAGUGGCGCAGCGUACGGCCUCGGUGGAUUAUUGGCAACUCGCUUCUUACUAGGCCUUGUCCAAGCCGCUUUCUACCCAGGUUGUGUAGCUACACUCAGCUCCUGGUAUAUUCGUAAGGAGCUUGGUGUCCGUGUUGGUUUGUUCUACACGGGUUCUAUGCUCUCUGGUGCCUUCUCAGGCCUGAUCGCCGCCGCCAUCACGAAAGGCAUGGAUGGCACUGGGGGUCUUCUUGCCUGGCGCUGGGUAUUCAUCGUCGAGGGGGCGCUGACCGUGGUUAUCGCCAUCGGCGCUUACGCGAUGCUUCCUGACUUUCCAGCAAACACCAAGUGGCUUACGAGUCAAGAGCAACAGCUGGCCGUGUGGCGCAUGGAGAUUGACGCCGCUGGCGAGAAAGAUUGGACCAGUUCAUCGUCCCAACCCCUCUUCGACGGGUUUAGGAUGAUCAUCGUCGACCCCGUUAACUGGAUCCUCGUGCUUAUCGUCUAUGGAACUGCGUCUUCCAUCUCUAUCAACAGCUUCUUUCCCACCAUUGUUGGCAGCCUCGGAAAAGACCGCAUCACGACCCUAUUGCUCACCUCGCCUCCUUACCUGUUGGCAUGCAUCGUGUGUGCGGCGGUGUCAUGGAAUGCAGGUCGUACCAAUGAAAGGUUCUGGCACACAGUCGGGCCCCUGACUUGCGCGCUUGUUGGGUUUAUAGUCUCCGGAGCCGCAACGGACGUUACAUCGCGAUACCUAGGCGCCAUGAUUAUGCUUCCGGGUAUUUACACUGGCUUCAACAUGUCGAUGGUCUGGACGGCAAACACGAUAUACCGCCCAGCCGCCAAGCGUGCUGCUGCAGUGGCAUUCAAUAACGCAGUGUCUACCAUGUCCAGCAUCUACGGGUCAUACUUGUACCCCAAUGACGCGGCUCCUCGUUUCAUCUUGGCGUUCAGUGUCAAUGCCGGCAUGGCUUUCAUGGCAAUCGUGGCUUCAACGGUACUUCGCUUUGUGUUAAAGAGAGAGAACCACAGGCUCGCUGUCCAGGAACAGGAGAUGGAUGCUAAAGGCCCGAUGAGAAUAGUUGGAAGAGGCUUUAGGUACAUGGUUUAA